AUGUCAGAUCGAAGGCAAACAAGGAACCAAAUUAGGGGCCCACAUUCUGCCCUCACUGAUUUCCUCGCUUCCAACAACAUCUCUGCGGCCCAGAUUCAUGAAGACUACCAACGGAGAUUAAGAGAGGCGGAGGACCAAGCCAACGAGCAACAGGAAGAGCAGCCUGCAGACGAUGAUGAGUAUGAAGAUGAGGUUGGUGAGACGCCCGAGGAGAGAAAGAAGCGCAAGCGAAAAGAGACAGCUGCGCUUGCAAAAAUCAAGCGGAGCAAGGAGUUUGCUCGUCGCAAGGCUCGACGUACAGGUGAGCCAGAUGAUGAUGAUGAUGAUGAUGACUUCAUCGCGAAAGAGAUGAUGGAUGAACGCUCUCGGCCAAUGCCUGGCCAGCUAGGAAACUGUGAAAUUUGCAGCAAGCGUUUUACCGUCACGCCAUAUAGUAAAACAGGGCCUAAUGGGGGUCUGCUCUGCGCAAAAUGUUCCAAGGAGGUUGGGGACAAAGAGAAGAAAUCACAACCAAAGAAAAAGGUCCCGAGGACUGGUCGGCGUCAAAACCAAAGUGACCUUCUCGAUGGAAUUGCUCGAUACGGUGCCUUGAGCUUGGUGGAAAUGUGCACUAAGAAAGUCGCCGAUAAUAUCAACAAUAUCGAGGAAUUCGGUGACUUGCCAUGGCAACUUUUACGCCGUCUUAGCCAGAUUUUGUCAAAACGACGAGCUUUGACCCCGAGAACCUUGAAUCUUUUCCUUCGGCCCGAUCUAGGCUUUAUUGAUAUCUGCGAUUCAGGAAGACUCGAGACGGACGAUUUCCAGAAAGUUUUCACGUUCAUGCCAGCUUUGACUAACGUCAACCUCCGGUUUGCUGGACAAUUAAAAGACAAUGUCGUGGACUAUAUGAUCGACCGGGACCUCAAUAUCAACCAUUUGCAACUGGAUGCUGCGAAUCUAGUAUCUGAUUCGCGUUGGCGAAAAAUGUUCGAGAAACUAGGUGGCCGACUUGAAACUCUCAGGCUAUCAAACUUGGACUUCUCUUUAGACGACGAGAGUAUCAAAGUUAUGUGUCAAUUCUGUACUCGUCUUCGACGCCUAAAGCUCAUUGAUUGCUGGAAAAUAUCCGAUCAUUCGCUUCAAGCAAUUUCAACCUUGCAGUCCCUGGAGCAGCUGUCGUUAACAUUGAUCAAGGAAACGAAAGCUGAGAGUCUUCUUGAUUUGGUGUCUAAAAUUGGUCCAAACUUACGGAAAUUAUCCUUCCGAGGGUUUCCACAAGCUGAUGAUACACUACUUGAGGUGAUACACGACAAGUGUAGGUUCUUGUCAAAACUUAGGUUCUCUGACAAUUCCGCCUGCACGGACAAGGGGUUUACCAAGCUAUUCGAGGACUGGCCAAACUCUUCGUUAGAAGUUGUGGACCUCUCAUCGACACGAGAUGUGGAUAAUUCAAAUCCCGAUGGCCCGGCGGAAGCAAUUGGUCUUGCGUCUAACGGGUUCGUUGCCCUUAUGCGCCACUCUGGCUCGACUAUACGGAAUUUGAAUAUCGCAUCUUGCCGUCACAUAACCUAUGCCGCCUUCGAAGAGGUAUUUGCGGAGGGAAAGAGCUAUCCUAACCUGAGAGAGCUAGACGUCUCGUUCCAUACUGUCAUGGAUGAUUACCUCGUGGGUCGUAUUUUCAGAUGCUGCCCAGCGAUUCAGAAGGUCGUUGCCUUUGCAUGCUUUAACGUACGAGAGGUCCGGGUUCCUAAGGGAGUGGCAUUAAUUGGCGGGUUACGUGCCCAAGAUACUAUCCUUUCUUGA